AAGGGUUGCAAAGUGCGUGGUAGUGUGAGCGGCGUGCGCGUUUUUCGGAUAAGCUGUUGUUUAUUAAAACUUUUAUUAAUGUAUAAACAAUAAACCGUGUAAAAAUGUCACGAAAUAUACCCGACAGGUGGCUCGCAUAUGAGCCUUACGGGACAGUUAUCGGCGACACAAACAUAUUGGCAAUUAAAGUUCCUUUGAAAGAGACGAUAUCAAGACAGCUGCCACCACAAAAACAGUUCACACCAGCGAAGCUGAUGGCCAACUUUCCAAAACUGAAGUUCCUCGUGGAUCUGACGAAUACGAAUCGUUACUACAAUGCAAAGGAAUUUCAGGAAGCUGGAAUAAAGUACAUAAAAAUAAUGGUACCUGGUCAACAGGUGCCCUCGUUGGAAUGUGUUAAGCGAUUUUGUGCUGUGAUGCAUCAGUUCAAUUCGGAGGCAAAAAGCGGUGAACUUAUCGGCGUUCAUUGUACUCAUGGCAUUAACCGGACGGGCUACCUGAUUUGUCGUUAUCUCGUGCAACAAUUAGGGUGGGAACCACAAAAAAGUUUGAAAGCUUUUGAGAAGGCACGUGGCUAUCCGAUCGAGCGAGCAGCCUACGUCACCAACUUAAUGAACGUAUCGCGUGGAAAACUCGACGUGUCAGACGUUAAUUUGCGAGUUGGCAGACAUAGGUUCGAUCGUGCACGAAAUGUGAACGGGCGUCCAUAUCCUCUGCCACCCCGUCCACCAUUUAAUGGGUUACCACCUCCAAGACCUUUUGGCGGUCCCAGGCCACCGAUAAUGCCACCGCUUCCACCUCCACCCCCGGGAAGAUGGCUCGAUGGCCCCCGACCACAGGCGUACGGCAUGUUAGGGCCUCGACCUCCUGGCCUAGGGCCUCGACCUCCUGGCCCAGGCCCUUUUCCGGGCCCCCGUUUCGCAUCGAGGAUGUCAGGCCCUCCCGGAAUUCCGUGUCCUUCGAGAUUACCACCGCCAAAUAUCGGACCACCCUCUAGACUCCCGGGACCGGGAAUGCCACCUCCCAGGUUACCACCGCCCGGAAUGAUACCGCCGAGGAUACCACCGCCAGGAAUAUCCCCUCGGCUACCACCACCAGGUAUGGGUCCACCUCGCCCCCCUCUACCGAUGAUGCCACCGCCACGUACCUCAGCAACAAGAUUAUCAAAUGUCCGCAGAGCCCUCGAUCAUUUGAGAUCUGAAAUUCCAGGAAGCGGCCCAUUCAUUCGGACUAAAGCUGCCAAACUAUCAAACGUUUCACUCGGAACUUCUGAUAGUAAUCUAGGGCUCAAAACUGCUAAAGAUUUGGAUUUCACGGUUGACACUUUCGACGAGAAUCUUACGGCUUCUGUUGGCCCAUGAGACAGGCCCAAGCCUCGAUCGGCUCGACCAAUCGCGAAAGGACGCUUUCAGACUUCGCAUUAAAUCUCGUACCAUUAUUCCUGAAUCAUUUAUUCAUAUUAUUCGACGUUCAUUCGAAGAUGCCGUGAAUCUCCGCUCCAUCUAAUAAAUAUGUCACAGUGUAUAAAACGACGAAUGAGUUUUGUUUCUCGUGUCUCAAACUAAGUGACUCGUUCAAUCGUCAGAUUGACAAGAUAACAGAGACUGCUCUAUCAGCUCUGCAUAAUAAGCGAAAUGUUACAGCUUAAAAUAUAUCAUGAAACAAGGUCCAAGUGCAAGUGGAAAGCAAAACUGGUUUUUCGACCACUUUACAUUCGUAUCUUUAAUGAUCUUAGUAUAUUUUUUUGUUUUCUAUCAUCAUUCUACGAAACCGACAACUACUAUGAUGUUUAUAACCCUGACGAUUUUGUGCACUCUCGUUCAUGCGACCAAUAUUUUUACCAACAAUUAGGUAACGAUGCAAUAGAGUUUGUGCGUUUUAAAAGGAUUCCUCAAUUGAAUAAAUAAAUGAAAUUUACUCCUA